UCAGCUGUCAUUUUUAUUUCAGUUAUAAACGUCAAAUAGACAAAAUUAGUGCAAAAAAGUUUUCUCUGAUAAAAAAUUGGCUUUGUUAUUUUAUUUAAAAAAGUUUAUAUUCCGCACAAAUAACAAUGUUUAAAUCAAGUUUUGAGAAAAAUCUUGAAAAUGCGACAAGCCAUCUGCGUUUGGAGCCCGAAUGGCCUUCUAUUUUACUCAUUUGUGAUGAGAUCAAUCAAAAGGAUGUCACACCCAAAAAUGCUUUUUUUGCGAUCAAGAAAAAAAUGAAUUCACCGAAUCCACAUUCUGCUUGUUAUGCGCUACUGGUGUUGGAGAGUGUGGUGAAAAAUUGCGGCGCACCAAUGCAUGAUGAAGUCUUCACAAAGGAGAAUUGUGAAAUGUUUAGUAACUUUCUCGAGCAGACUCCGCAUGAAAAUGUGCGUCAGAAAAUGUUGGAACUGGUGCAGACUUGGGCAUAUGCAUUUCGCUCAUCUGAGAAAUAUCAAGCCAUUAAGGACACCAUGACUAUACUAAAGGCGAAGGGACACACUUUUCCAGAGCUAAAAGAGGCAGAUGCAAUGUUCACCGCCGAUACCGCACCAAUUUGGGCGGACGGCAAAGUGUGUCAUCGUUGUCGUGAUGAAUUCAAUUUCACCAAUCGCAAGCAUCAUUGUCGCAAUUGUGGCCAAGUGUUUUGCGGUAAAUGCUCCAGCAAACAGUGUCCACUACCGAAAUUUGGUAUUGAAAAAGAUGUGCGCGUUUGUGAUGGCUGCUAUGUAAUGUUGCAACGUCCGAAUGCCAAGCCAGCAGUUCGUACUGCAGCCGAAAGUGAUUUACCAGCUGAAUAUGUGAAUAGUUCGCUGUCGCAGCAAGUGCAGGUGUGUACGCCACCACGUAAAAGCGAAGCAGAAUUAAAGGAAGAAGAAGAGCUGCAAUUAGCCUUAGCGUUGAGUCAAUCGGAGGCCGAAGAAAAGAAGAAACAACAACAACAACACUCAUUGGCCGCAUACCGUCUGCAACAGCGUUCGCCAAGUCCCGAGGCACCGCCAGCACCCAAAGAAUAUCAGCAAGAAGAAACGAAUCCAGAUCUAGCAAAAUACUUGAAUCGCUCUUAUUGGGAACAACGCAAAGUAAACGAAUCACCCCUGGCUAGUCCCUCAGCACCUAGUCCAAUGCCGACGCCACAACCGCAACCACAAUUGGAACCCAUACAACCAAAGUCAGCUGAUGAGGUGCAAAUCGACGAUUUCGCUAAGAAUAUGCGCGCACAAGUGGAUAUAUUUGUUAAUCGUAUGAAAUCGAAUUCCAGUCGCGGACGUAGCAUUUCAAAUGACUCUUCCGUGCAAACGCUCUUCAUGAACUUAACUUCGCUGCAUUCACAGCAACUUUCCUACAUCAAAGAGAUGGAUGACAAGCGCAUGUGGUACGAACAAUUACAGGAUAAAUUGGCGCAAAUCAAAGAUUCACGUGCCGCGCUCGAUGUACUGCGUCAGGAGCAUGUAGAGAAGUUGCGACGCAUCGCCGAAGAGCAAGAGCGUCAACGGCAAAUACAAAUGGCACAGAAAUUGGAGAUUAUGCGUAAGAAGAAGCAAGAAUAUUUGCAAUAUCAACGCCAAUUGGCGCUGCAACGCAUACAAGAGCAAGAACGUGAAAUGCAAUUGCGGCAGGAGCAACAGAAGGCACAAUAUCUCAUGGGACAGACAGCGUUCCCCUUUAUGCCACCCGGUGUGGUUGCAGGUCCACAAGGUUCGCCAUCACAUCAAAUGAAUAACGUCUACAAUCCAUAUGCGUUCAAUCCGAAUUCACCGGGACCAAUGAAUGGCGCCGCUGGUGGUGGUGCACAAUAUAAUCCAACAGCAGCUGGUAUGAUUAAUCCAGCCGGUGGACCUAUGGCACCUGGCCCCAUACCACCUGGUAUGUAUGCACCGAAUCAACAACAUCCAGGCAUGAUGUUGCAGCAGGGUAUGAUGCCGGGUGCACCACAGCUGGGGGAUAAUAUGCCAAAUAUGCAAGGCCAACAACCUACUAAUCCAGCUUUGGGACCACCACAACAACAACAGCAACAACAUCCUCCGCAGUUGACGCAUGUGAUGUUGCAACAACAAAAUGUUUUGCAAAAUCAUCCACCAAUUCAAAUGCCACCACACCAAGGACAGCAUCUACAAGGACCACCACCACAGCAACAACAACAACAGCAGCAACAAGUUCCACAGCAACAACAAUUACCACAACAGCAACCACAGCAGGUUCCACAACAGCAGCAACAACAACAAGUACCCCAACAACAACAGCAGCCACCGCCACAACAACAAGUGCAACAACAGCAAGCACAAAUACAAGCUGUAGCUGCCGCACCCCCACCGCCCCAAUCUGAACCGGAACCACCAGCAGCCGCUCCCGAAGAACCCGCUACAGCAGAGUUAAUAAGUUUUGAUUAAUCUUACACACCUACUACCCGUUAAACUUUAAAGUAAAUAUAAUAUUUCAAACAUACAUACAUAAAAUAGUAUGCAAUAUUAAUCAUUCCUUGUACGAGUAUAUAAAUAAAAUAUUGAAUUUCAAAUUAAUAAACUUUACUAUUAUACUUUAUGUAUGCCAAUAAUGGAUGUCCAAAAUACAAAUUUAAUCAAUUGACAUCGCUAAAUAAAUUUGUUAAAAAUUAUAAAA